GCUGGGCUGACUGCUGCCGUCCCUCUCCUCCUUCGCAGGAAGUAUGUGGCUGGAGGACGGGGUAAGUCGACGGCGAGGCUGGAGGGGAAGGUGGCGAUAAUCACAGGAGCCAACACAGGCAUCGGGAAGGAAACCGCCCGAGACCUCGCACGAAGAGGUGCAAAGGUGAUUAUUGCUUGCAGAGACAUAGCAAAGGCAGAAGCUGCAGCCAGUGAAAUCCAAGCUGAGACAGGGAACCAGCAAGUCAUUGUGAAAAGACUGGACUUGGCUGACACGAAAUCCAUCCGGGAGUUUGCUGAGAAAUUUCUAGCAGAUGAGAAGGAGCUCCAUAUUCUCAUUAAUAAUGCCGGGGUAAUGUUAUGCCCUUUUUCCAAGACUGCUGAUGGCUUUGAGAUGCAUCUGGGAGUCAAUCAUCUUGGUCAUUUUCUCCUGACGUUCCUGCUGCUGGAGCGCCUGAAGCAGUGUGCCCCCGCCCGCAUCGUGAACGUGUCCUCGCUGGCUCACCACGGGGGCCGAAUCCGCUUCCAUGAUCUCCACGGCGAGAAGAGCUACAACCGUGGCCUCGCCUACUGUCACAGCAAAUUGGCUAACGUGCUCUUCACCCGGGAGCUGGCCAGGAGGCUGCAAGGUACUCAAGUCACAGUGAAUGCUCUCCAUCCUGGUUCUGUCUACUCUGAGCUGGUCCGGCACUCAUUUGUAAUGACUUGGCUGUGGAAGAUGUUCUCCUUUUUCUUGAAGACACCAUGGGAAGGAGCUCAGACCAGUGUCUACUGUGCAGUAGCUGAGGAGCUAGACUCUGUGACAGGACAGUAUUUCAGUGAUUGCCAGCCAGCAUAUGUAUCUCCACGUGGUCGGGAUGAUGAGACAGCAAAGAAGCUCUGGAGUGUGAGCUGUGAGCUCCUUGGCAUCCAGUGGGACUGAGCAGCACAGACCUCAAGUGUGUACCUGGCUGAGUCCAGCGAUGCUUCUCCCAGGAAGAGCACUGCUGAGAAAACUCAAGAGUAGUAUGCUGAUACUUCAGCUGCCCUGGUGAUGGCUCGGUGGGCACAACCUAAUUUGAAUUUCUGGACUAGUACACUUAAGGAUUGAGAUUUGUAAGCAAUCAGUCCCCUUUCCUAGCUGGAGAAUUAGAGC